AUGCCGUACGGGAUGCGGCUGACGGUGGACUCGCACGUGAUCGAGCAGCACCUGUGGCGCGUGCGCAACAUGACGGCCGUGCACGUGUACAUGAACGACGACUACUUUGUGAACCGCGACGUCGCGAUCACGGACCUCUUCAACGAGUACGGCGGCACGAUCGUGCGGACGGAGAAAGGCAUCCUACGGAAGGGAGUUCUGGGUCCGCAGAAAGGUGGCACCUGGGGAGACGGAGUGCGCCACACUCACUUGUUUAACAUAAUGGAGCUGGACGUUCUGCACGAGGACUACCUGCCGGCGGAGCUUGAGCGGAAGUGGUCUGCUGAACGACUGCAGCGCGGAGCUUCCGGCGUUGAUGUCCCGGUGUCACCAAUGGCGCUGAACGAAAUCAUUGAUACUGCCUACGCGCAUGCUCCUGCGCCUCUGCCGGCAACUCUACUGCCGCGCCGCCAUCGCCGCUACGCCACCCACGCGCCGUUCGUUUACUGCACGAACAUGCACCGGUUCCUGCAGACGCGGUAUGGGGUCGAGCUUGGAUACAACGCGCUUCGCCACCGCAGUCGCAAGGCUCGCGACUUGUUUGUCCCAUUUCUGUACAACGCCUUCAUCAUGGCGCGGCCAUGGCAGGCGUCGCCGAGGUUCCUGCCGUACCUGCUGGAGCUGCACCGGAGCCGACGGGAGGCGCGCACGGACGCGAUGCCGCCGACGCAGAUCGUGCUGGACAACUUCGACGGCUGCGGCCCGGCAUCGCUGCGCGGUGGCUCUGUGGCCUCCGAGUGCAUAUUUGGCAAGUUUGUGGAUAACGUCACUGCGAAUGAGGCGGUGAUGGAGCGCGUGCGGCAGACUAACCCGCUGUACUUCAACAUCAACGCCGGGUUCAGCACGGCGGAGGCCGCGGCCCAGCUGCGCAGCUUCCUGCACGGCAAGUUUCCGACCCCUGUCUACCUGGAGGUGGGUGGAGCCCCGACCGCGGGCGAGGACGUCGCGUACGGCGCGGAGGAGGGAGCGCUGUCGAGGCUGUUUGGUGACCUGAUGGCGCUGCCGGUGGUGUGGAGCGGAAGGAGGGAGGAGGGGGGGGGGGGGGGGUAA